AUGAACAGGGUCAGGGAGAAGCUGAGAAUCGCCGAACAGAAACGCAAACUCUUCAAACAGCAGCAGGGCAUCUUCAUCACUGCGCUGGAGCGGUCGCGGGAGCAGGCUCAGGAGAGGACCAGGCCCGUGUUCUCCGUCUCACAGGUGCAGUGGUACAUGGAGGAGCACUGCAGUAACUCCACAGACAGCCGUAUUUUUUCCCUCUUCUUGGAGAUCAUGGAAGAUCUGGGUGCAGCUCUGGAUCUGCUGGAGGCUCGGGACCCCACCCCCCCGCGUGACGGGGGCAUCCUGGAGGCCUGUCGAACCCUGCUGCACCCCAACACCAACAUCAGCAGCCUAAGAGCGCCCUUCCCGAACGAGGAGGUGAACCGGCUGAGCUGUGUGGAUGCACGCAGCUUCUACGGGGGCGUGGUCAGCCUGAUUCCUGUGGCCAUGGAGCUUCUGCAGGACGCGCUGAACUCCAGCACAGCCCUGCUGAGGGACAGCGCCAGCACCGACACCCCAAAAAGCCAGCCCCCCGAGUCCAGCCCCCUGCAGCCUGCAGACAGCAGCGCAGACGACGGGUCCAGCCAGAACGGCAGCGGCUCAAACCAGUUCAGAAAGCCCCCACUGAGAGAGAUGGGGGGGUGGUUUGCCGGCAAACCUGCCUGGAGGCCCCCAGGCCGCCCCAGGGUAUGA